AUGCGUGUCUCCAUCAUCGUCGCCUCUCUCUCGGCCCUGGCCAUGGGUGCCAUCGCCCAGGACUCCUCCAGCUCCAGCUCCAGCUCCAGCGAGGGUAACCCUGCCACCAAGUACCUGACUGAGACCAACUCCCUCGGCGUGGUCACCGGCCAGCCUGAUGCCGUCACCACUCAGCCCGCUGUCGUGACCAGCCAGCCCUCUGUCGUGACCUCCCAGCAGCCUGCUGCCUCCAUCCCCGCUGGCCUGACCUCCCCAGUGGUUACCCCCGCCACCAACAGCGGCACCAGCAGUACUACUACUGCCACCCAAAGUGGCUUCACCUCCUCUGCCCAGACUACUGGCACCACCACUAGCACUGGCACCUCGACUGAGACUGGCUCGUCCUCGUCCUCCUCUUCCUCUUCCAGUGGCUCCUCCUCCAGCAGUGCCUCCAGCUCCGCCUCUUCUGGUGGUGCUGCCAUGGUCACCGCUGGCCCUAUCGGUCUGGCUGGUCUGGCUGCCCUGGCUGCUUUCGCUCUGUAA